CCAGUAGUUAACGUAAUCGGUGUGCUGCCGAGUGCGGUGGGCGUGGCGGCCGUGCUUGCUCCUUGCUUCCUGACAGCUGCCCCCUGUCGCCAUCUCCGGAUAAACUAUGGACUAUAGAGCAUAUAAUGCUGAACCCAAGCCACCGUUAUCGAGAUAUUGAGAGGACAGCAGAGUACCUCCAUCCAGAGAAGUGCAUGCCACCACCUAUACGCAACUCCAUGGAUAAACUGUGGUUCAUAAAGGAUGGCUGCGGCAUUGCAUGCGGUGUGGUGACCUGGUUUUUGGUUUUCUAUGCGGAGUUUGUGGUUAUCUUCGUUAUGUUGUUGCCAUCCAAAGACUUGAUUUAUAGCACCAUUAAUGGCAUCAUUUUUAAUAUUCUGGCCUUUAUGGCUUUGGCAUCACAUUUUCGUGCUAUGAUCACCGAUCCUGGUGCAGUCCCCAAAGGAAAUGCCACUAAGGAAUUUAUUGAGAGCUUGCAGCUGAAACCAGGGCAAGUGGUUUACAAAUGUCCAAAAUGCUGUAGUAUAAAACCUGAUCGUGCUCAUCACUGCAGCGUUUGCAAGCGUUGCAUUCGGAAGAUGGAUCAUCACUGUCCGUGGGUUAACAACUGUGUGGGGGAGAAUAAUCAAAAGUUCUUUGUCUUGUUCACAAUGUAUAUAGCCCUAAUUUCCUUGCAUGCCCUUAUCAUGGUUGGUGUCCAUUUCUUGUAUUGUUUUGAAGAGGACUGGACAAAAUGUAGUUCAUUUUCACCACCAACAACCGUAAUCUUGCUCAUCCUGCUCUGUUUUGAGGGGUUGCUUUUCCUUAUCUUCACUUCAGUGAUGUUUGGAACACAGGUACAUUCCAUCUGCACUGACGAAACGGGUAUUGAACGUCUAAAGAAAGAGGACCCUACUUGGGAGAAAACAAGCAGCUGGGAAGCGCUCAAGCAAGCCUUUGGGGGUAAUUUCUCACCAGGAUGGUUAAGUCCCUUCUCAAGUACCUUGUACCAUAAAGUUCCUUCAGACAUAGAGGCUGAAGCAUCAGAAUUAAACCGUGAAUAUGUCACAGGAAAGCUGGUAGGACAUGUGGAAGUCAUAGAGGUGGGCAAAGCAGAGGAAUGUGCCAGCAUCCGAUUAACAUGAGAACCGAUUCCUGGAAACCCAUCAGAAUUCAAAUGCAUCUCUUUUAAAUAAUGAUUCCUAAAAAGCACUCUAGCUCUAACUGGAAAAAAUAUUUUGCACUGUUAACAUCUGAUAAAACAUGUUUGACUAACAAUGGAAAUAUUGGUUGUACUGGAAGUUUGCUUUAUCCAAAUUGCCUGAAAUAGUUAAACUCUGCAUUGUAAGUCGAAUGCCCCUGUCAACAGUCCAUUCCUCACUUUAAUUUAGCAUCUCAACUUGUUGCCUUUAACAAGCAUUUUAUAUCAAUUCUCAGCAGUGGUAACAUGUGACAAAAUCCAAUCAAUCCAAACUGUAUUUCAUUUAUCAGUUUAUUACUUGUCUACACUACAUAAAAUGACCUUAUGGGGAUAGAUAAUACAUUUGAUAGAUAAUUGAAUAUGUAGUCAAAUUAGUUUUAUUAGACUCUUUACAGUCCAUUGCAGCAAGGAAAGCAGUACUGCUAUAGUAACUAAAUUAUUGUGAACAUUUACCAGGGUGCUAAUGAGUAUAAUAUGCACUUCUCACCAUUGGGGACCAAAUAAAAUAUUCAAAUUGUUGAUUCGUAAUGGCAGAGACAUGGGCUUUGCACAAGAAAAAACAACAUUAUCAGCUUGCCGAUAACCCAAGAUGAGAGAUAGGCUACUAAGAAACACACACCGAGUUAUUCACUAAAGUGAUAAUUCAAAGUGAGUUCAUAUUUAAGGCUGAAAUAGAUAAGCUAUGUAUCCAGUUUGACUUACUUUUAAAGUCACUUUCAACUCUUUAAUGAAUGAAUAACCCUUACAGAAUUCCUAUAGUUCUGUAUGAAAAUGGAAAAGAAAUAGCAAACGCCCAAAUAAAGUCUUAGUGAGGUUCCAUUCUAUGAAAAUAACAUGAAUAAAAACCACUUGCACAAGGGAAAAGGAUCUAUGGAAAAUGCGCGCUGACUUUUUCCCGGUCGAAAAAUCUGUCACUGAAGGAGUAUCAGACCUGAGGAUUUCCAGUAAUAGAGAAAGGUGAGUAUUAUUAUUAUUAUUGUUUUUCUUUUUAAGGAGUGUAAUUAAAAGAACAUUCGUAGCACCAUAACCAGUACUACACAGUGUACUCCCGGGGUAAGUAGUUAAAAUGUUUGCAAACAACUUGGCCUCCAGGAGAGCCUGUAGAUCCUAUACAGAACUUCCAUAAGCUCCCCCAAGCUAAGUCCUGCAACACAGGGCCAGAUCGUUGGCUGAAAGCAUCAGCCAAUGAGCUAAGGCCUAUAAAAUUCCAGUUCUUCUGAAGGAGGUUACCAGGCCUUGCAGACCCCAGGUAACUUGUCAAAAUAUUUGUAAACUGUUUGAUUACUUACCUGGGUGGGCACUCCUGGCACCUUCACCACUAAAGCAUGCUUGGUUAUGAUGCUAGGAGUGACUAUAAAGCAGCACUGUCAUACCAAACUUAACUUUCUCCUAUUGUUUCCUCUUCUAUUCCUCUUUAAGAAUCUGCUCUUCUUUUCUUUAUUUUUGAUCUAGCUUUCUUUAACACACAAGGCAAAGUAGGCACUACUUUGUCUCAUGUAUUUUUCCAGCGCUUGACAUUUUUUGACCAAAGCAUCAGCUCCAUUUCCUGUGUCAGAAAAAGUACUUGCCCUUCUCACUGACACAAGAAAUGGAGCAGACUUAAGUUCCUCCUUUGGUCAAAGAAAGUCAAGCCUAGGAAAAAUACAUAAGACAAAGUAGUCCCUAAUUUAUCUUAUGUUUUAAAGAAAAUUAGAUGAGAUAGGAAGAAAAGAAAAACAGAUUCCGAGAGAGGAAGAGAAGAGGAAACAAUAGGAGAAAGGUACGUUCGGUGUGACAGUGCCGCUUUAAGUGUGUAGAGUGCAAUAUGCUAUGACUUUUAACCAUAAUGGGCCUUGGGAAAAAAACUUUAAAAUUGUGCUUGAGUCUUUUUCAAUGAACGUGUAAGAUACUAACCUAUUUUGGUUCUUUUUAAUUAAUGAACAAUAUUUUAAUUUCACUAAGUGCCUUCUUAUAUAUAUUUAAAAAAAAAAAAAAAAAAAAGCGCAUCAGUUGUACUCCUAUCUGUUUACAAGCAGUAUUUGAUUGAUUCAUAUCUACUUCAUUACUCCACUCUCUUGUGGAUUUAGAUAUAGUUGCAGAGCACUUGCUGAGCUUCUCAUGUCUGACAUAUCAGCUUCAGUUAAAAUGAAUUUACAUAACAUAUUAUAAACAUUCAGUUUACGCAUGAACAGCUGCUGGGCGUGCACUCUCACAAAAAUACGCAUUUGCUCUGUACGUCCUUAAUAGGAUCACAUAUUACUUAUGUACAAACUAUAUUAUUCAAUCAAUUGUAAGAAUCAGCUUUACAUGUGUGAAUAAACAUUUUUCUAAGUAUUUCAGGUCUGGCUACAAAAUCUCAAUCCAGAAAUGUACUAAAGUAAACUGAGCAUCAGCAAUUAAACUCUCAUAGAAAAGGGAAUGUCCUAAGGACAUUGAAUGGUAUGGUAUGAGGAGCUGUCCCAAACCACAGAUCUUUAAAUUGCAUGCUUGUCUAUUAUUUUAUUGAGUUUUCACCAUCUCUUAAUGAUAUAUUUCAUCUUCUCUUGUUGUGGCGAUGAUAUCCAUGGAGGAUAUUCCAAUGAAAUUAUGCCUUAAAUGUAAUGUGUAAGUACCAUAACCACUUCAUCUUCAGCGAUAUCCAGAAAAAGGGUGCCCAUGGGACCCAGAUAAAUGCCAAACUGUUUGAAAACAGUUUGACUCCUUACCGUGAUAUGGCGCUUAGACUAUACCUUUAAUCAAAUUUAAAUUCCAUAUAAAUCAGACUGUACUUGAUACAUAAUAUAUCUGAUGAUCAUGUGUGUUCUAGAUCAGAAUGGGCUUUCCGCUUUAUCAUUCCAUUAUUAAUCACUCUCGAUGUCAUUUAUUCUUUGUAUUAUGCAUGGCCAUUGCUCAUGAAAACUGAACAUCACACUGAUUCGGAAAGUCAAUAACGUUGUUAAUCACAUAUAAUGACCAAAAUCAAUAUGUAAUAAAGCAAUAUAAAAGAAUUGGUGGCCUUUAAUAAAUAAUGUAAUAAUAAGUCUACAGGAGAUGCAUGUACCCUUCUAGCUCUGCACAAAUAACUAGGUAUAUAUUUAUUUUAUAUAAAUAUGUAUAUGUAUUUAAAUUAUUCCAUCCAACUUUCUUGCUACUUGUUGACAUAUUUCAAUAUUGCUUCAUCAUUUGAUGUUUACUUCUCAGUCUUCACAGACUUUUGUGCUCAUCUCAGUUGUAUUACAUGUAGGCUCAAGCCAUGGGACAUGAAUGUAAAAACACCACACUUUACAGUAUUGUCACAAUUAUAAGCAUCAUAGACUGAACUGACCAUGUGUUACCUCUCCAGAUGUUCUUCAUUGUACCUUCCUUUCCUUUAUUCAGUUGACAACUUUUAACUGUUUCAAUUUUAAUAAAAUAUUUGAAUAUGGUA